AUGGUUGAUGUAUUGAAAUGUGUUACGUAAGCAUUCCACUCAGGCAAAUUUUUUCUUUGUGAGUUUAGCGUAUAUUUCUAAUUAGGCUAAUAUUACGACCAAAACUUGUGCAGGUACACCUAACAUCAAAGACAGACCGCAUCGUUUACUUUGUAUUCAAUAGAGCCCUUCUUACGUAAGAAGAUAACGUACGUUAUUAAUUUGUGACUGCGUCGACAAGUAAUUGCUUGUAUAAUUAAUUGGUUGGGUUGGGCGUAAUUGUGGUCGAUUGGCUAGAAUGAGUAAGGACUCGUUAGCUGAUGCAUUUCUACCGACGGUCUGGAUAUCGAGAAAGGGGGAAUUGGGAAAGCGUUAACAGGCGAGGUACCCUGCGCAUUUUUCAGGAGAUUAGGCCAAUUGGGCCACAUCCGCCCUUGUCACCCCGUGGUCCAACCUUGCAGUCCAACACAGUCCAACCUAGUCCAAUUGUACUGGACUGGGCUGGGUUGGGUUGCUGCGGACAGGAACCUGCUUCCCAGUUUCUCUUAAUUAGGGCACGUACGAGGGUACCACCCCAGCUAGUUUUCUGCCCUGUGUGUAUGCGCGAAAUUACCCCUAUAGUUUCGGAGAAACCUGAACUUCUUCCUGUUCUGUCUGCCGUCCUGACGGUUAACACGAAAAUUAAGACCGGAUUCGGCAAGUCCGAUUCUGUCGGCCUACUUUCGAAUCCCUUGAAUGAUUUCGACAGAGAAGUUAAAUAUAAAGCCGACUUAUUUUUGAGGUGUUAAGCGCGAAUUAGUUCAAGCAGUUUUUGGUUUUAAGUGUUUUGAAAUACAUAUUAAGUAGUUCUUGUCUUUAGGUAUAUAUUUAAACGGUCUAUGCAACCGUUUUAUAGUACACGUUAUUGGAAACUGACGUUUUUGUUUCGUCUUCUCUCUUAUUUUCAUUUCGCUAUCAUUUGACUAGUUUAUCGGACCCUCUUUCCCUUUUUUGUCAUAUCUGGGGACUGGAAAAUUAUGUUCGAUCUUUGCACGCUUAUUAAAGAGGCCGAAACCUAAAUAUUGGAUGUAAACUUAUUUUUCACGUUAUCUACAUCGACAACUCCCCUACGGUGUUUCAGUUUGAUGGCCCAUGUUUUUCUACAGUCAAUGCUAUAGACUUGGCACCAGUGAUAAAUCCAUUCAGAAAAACCCUCUUUUGGUCGACACCAACAGUAGCUAAUUGAUAUCCAGGAGCCGCAGCAGCUUAUCGUUCAUUCAAUAUUAGGCCGUAUCUAACCGGCAGAAUUUAUUGAAAAAACUAUGUGUGUCCUCUGAUUAAAACAAUUCUCACCAAUAUGGUAUUUUAAGAGCUUUGCUUGAGAACAACUGUUGAACCACCCACGGAGCUGCCCCCUAUUCGAGAAAAACCUCGCUGAUCAAACUUUUAUGGGCAUCGACAUCGACUUUUUAAAUCAAUAAUCGGAAAACCGCUAACCGACUUACUCACUUUAACUCGCCCAUGACGUCGAGAUCUUGGAAGGGCAGUUACCUUAUCAAGAAUUCCCUCCUUUCUCUUGUUCCGCAUUCAGCCGUCUCUGUAAAGCUUAAGUGAACCCACCCUCUGCUCUCAAACAGAGGUGGCCUAGUAGGCGAAUAUAGAUGCGUAGGUAUGAAUUAGUUUUUCUUGCUUGGGGCUGUGGCAUAUUAUGUAGGAAACACGAUUCUGCCAUCCACAAGAGAAUGAACAGUCUAUUAUUUACGAGUACUGGAUAGGACUGAAAUCAAGUUUUUUUCAACCUUCAUGAUGCGAACCUAUCUGGAUAACCGCGACCAUAAUCCCAUGGAGUUUUUUGACGUGCGUUACCACAUCGAAUGUAAAGACGAAAUGGAUAUGGUUGAAUUAGUUCGGAUUUCGAAACUGCAGACUACCUAUAAACUUGAAUAGGCCGGAUUAUAUAAACUCAGAUUAGGAGAUUUCGUAUACAAAUCAAAAGCCGCGUGAAUUUUUGUUCCUAAAGUGUACCCGGAAGUCAUUAUACGGCUCGCUAACUCUGGAAAGUGUGGUUAUCGACUAAUUCCUCUUAAGAUAUACGUACCCUGCCGAGAUAUAGUUUGUUGAACCAGGUCGGACCUACCAGCGUACCCUCAAGUUCACUAUUCCGCCAAGAGGUUACAUUUGGGCUUAUGUUCCAUUGCAAGAGUUCUGCGAAGCAAUUAUUCAUACCGUAUACAUGAUCGGGGCCAAUUUUCUUAAUUCCUCUAUCUAAACAGUAUUUUUCACAUUAUAUAUCUUGUUCCUCCGAGUGAUGGGACCUUAGGUCCUGUGGAGUAAUAGAAUUACGCUAUUGUGAUAUUGCCAUACGAGUUAUUGAUCGUCCAUGCCGAACCUGUUUUGCAAUCUGCAUAGGUUAGCGAGCUGUCUCUUCCGAAAGUUUGUUGCUUACAUGCUUAAGCGAUCUCAUUUACUUUUUUUGUCCAGAGGAAUUCUGAAGCCCGGAUUAAAUGCCCUUAUCGGUCCUACUGGGAGCGGGAAGACAAGGUAAGUUGCUUCAAGGAAGAACCUCGCUUGAAGAAAAUUUAGCUGGUUACAGACCCGUAGGCUAGCAAAUUGUGAUUUCUGAAACACAGUUUGCACGACUUCACCGUCGCUUAGAAGGGCUUUUUGCAUCAAUUUCCUUAAUGAAUAGCAAUCCAUUGUCUCGUGUUUCUUAUCAAAUCAAUAGUUUUGUAUUAAUUACAGCCUUAUGGACAUCCUUGCUGGGCGCAUUGAUCCGACAAACGUAGUUGGGACAGUUCUAGUCGACGGAAAGGAGCCCCCACAUGAUUUCCAUCGAUAUGCUGGCUAUGUCUGUCAGGUAACGUGGUCUCCCAAGACCUUUCCUCCGUAAAUGUUGGAACAGUAUUUUAGUAUUUCGUUUUUUUUUGACUCAGCAAUGCAGGGCAUUGCCUUUGUUUACUCUUUCUCCUAUGAAAAAACCCAGAGUUCGAAAUAAAAGACCGAAAGGCAUAUACUGUUAUAUUGAACUGUCGAAAGGCAUAUACUGAUAAACUUAGACCUCAAGAAAAAGUUCGAGAAAGUGUAUUGGCCAGUUAGAAAUGACGUCUUGCAUCCCUUUUUUCUACGCCAAAUUUCCGAAAUGUAAGACGUUCGUAAAAAGAAUACCGACGAAGUAAUAAAGGGAAUUCACCCUUGAAUGGCAAGUUCAUUGCUUCUUUCGGAUAACUGUUGUGUCAUUUCGUCCUUUUUAACGAGCCAAAAACCUGUUUUACCAAAUAACCUCGAUGCUCAUAUCACACCAGUGGGUCUGCGCGCUAAUAAGAACGAUUUUGUCUGCCGAUUACGACCAGUUCAGCGAGCAUGCAAAGUUUGCAGUGUCCUCCUUCUGGAGCCGCUGGUCUCGGAAGCUCCAUAAUGGAGCCAGCAAGGACUGAUAUAUAGCGGCUAUAGCUCUGUUCCAGGGCCACUGUAAGAGACAGUGGAUGGGCACUCCUUUCUGCUCCAUCGUUUUACUCAGAAUACGCUCGCAUAAACGUUUGCAAACCGGCUACUGGGUUUCUCAGUUUUCGCCGGAUUCUAUAAAUAGACUUGAAGGGUUAUAGGUAGAACCCUUUAAGAUGCUAGCUGCAAGUAAUUGUGUUGCAGAAGACGAUUUUUGUCAAAAAUUAUACAAGCAAACUUAAACACAAGGGGUGCUGGCAGUCACCACCUUACUUAGUGGUGUGCUCUAUGGUCAAACAACUCCCAGACUGGAGCAAAGCCUUCUAUCGUCUAGUCAUGUGCAUUCUCUUUUGAUCUUCUACGAGUGACUGCGUAGGUUAUUUUUUCCGGUAAACUUAAUGAAGUUCGCCGGUUUUAGCGAGCAGCCGUGAUCGCGGAUAAUCGGGUGUUCAAAGCAGACUAUUUCUUAGUUGCCUGUAUUAUAAAUGGAAUGGGUUGAACCUUUACAACAUAUCUGGGUGCAGUGGGUUCAUAAAACCGACCACCAACUUUAUGACCUUGAGCUGCACCUGCUCAAAGAGGUCACUGCUCUCCUUUGUCCUCGGUGUCCAGACUGGCAUCCCGUAUUCCUGAUGAGGGCCUACGAUCACAUCGAAAUUUCACCAGUGUAGUUCCCGAGUGAAUACUUUAAACGGAUGUCCAAUCCAGCAAACAGUGCUGGUUACCUUCUGGGUCAUCCUUGUACAAAUUGGAUGACAGUAUCGAGUUUCGUAAUCAUCCACAUGCUUAGAGUUUCGUGUGCUUACAAGUACUUUACUGUAAUCCAACUAAUGAGGAGACCUUUCGACCCACUCUCAAGUGUCAAAGCACAACUCCAAGCACAUUGAACUUGAAAUCACUUCUCUGACCAAACACUCAAUUUUGCAGUGUUGGAUUGCAAAUUCAGAGUGUCACUAGCGCACUUAAUCUCCCUCAGUGACUAUGACGACCUUGAAAUCUGGCCUCUUGGCGUAAUCGUGAAAAUAAAUAAGGAAGGGUAGUAUUCCUGAUACAGAGUCCUUUGGAACACGGUUUUAGGCGAUUGUCCUCUGAAGUUUAAUUGCAGAGGAUUACUCUGGAGAGCGGAUCAUGUUCGGUUCACUUGGGUCUUUCGUUCCCGAUACCCAUUUUCCCAAUUUACUGUAGAAGAGGCCUCCGCGUUAUUAAGUCCAAAAAUACGGGAUCUGCUGGAUAGCAUUUAUUGGCCGCCCUGGCCUAUUUCUAAUGUGACUAAAACUUGUGGGACAAGAGCAUUCUGGACGAAAGACAUGUUACGUAGUGCACAGUAUAUUGCCUUUUUCCAGAUACUCUUCAAUGGCACACGCAGACAAGCUGUCUAGCUUUUUCAGCCACCGCGCCCAAUCCUUGCACCGAAUGACAGACAGUGGACUGGUGCCUGGGAGACAGAGAGGUCGAUUCUGAGGGCUCCGUCCACACGACACUCAGCCUGUAUUCCUCACCAUAAAGAAACUAAGGCACUUUUAAACUCUCACGGUGUGCUAAAAGUCGUGCCUUGGAGGGCUGAAAACUGAUGGGUUAAUUCGAACCUCCUUUCAGGACGUAGAGUCAGGCUACAAUGGCUUCUUCUUACUGAGGCCUCUAUGGAAAUCUCACUUAAGUCGGAUCCAGGCCCAGCACCUAUUUUUGGUGGAAAAUCGGGUUAUCGUUCACAGACCGGGUCAUGUGGAGGCUCUUUUAGACCGUGGUUUAGAAGGCUGCCAAUUGACGGGAUAACCUCGUUCCCCUCUUGCGAUGGAGAUUCAAGUUGCAAUGGGUCUUUCUAAAUAUGGCCUUUUUACAACCCCUGCAUUCAGGAUCCGAGCCCUGGCGUUUUUGUCACGCACAGUCGGGCUGCUUAGUUUUGUCAGUCACUGGACCCGAUCACGCCUCCGGUCUCCUGAACUCUGUCUUGGCACCGGCCUCAGGUGGACGAGAGAAGAGAGAGUACGGUAGAUAGACAUAGUCGUUCUGUGACCGAACUGCCAUCGUAUUGCUUUCUUCCAGAUAAUCCACAAGAUAUGUUUUUAUACGACGUUCUAUUUGGUUUGUAACACUUAAGAAAAUGGUUUUUUUAAAACGAGGCCUGAAUUUGGAGUUUAUCUACUUUGGGCGGUUAGUUGUCUUACUUCUGCCUUGUUGAUGAAAUGAGUUCUCCAGUGGUUAUUUAUUUUAUUGCGCGAUGCAGUUACCCAUGGCAACCCUGACACAUCUCCUCUCACGAGAGGGUAGUCUCCUUUCCAAAUAUUUCACUUUCGCCUAUAAGACAAAUUUGAUUUCGGAAAUUCCGGACAUUUAAAGUGCAACACAGUGUAAUCGCAGACCCUAUUGGUGGUUGACCUUGUAGUUAGAGCACAACUCAUACUCGGGUAAAAAUAACUUUAAGUCCGUUUGAUCUUUGUCCUCCCUUAACCCCUGUCCCGAAGGUAACGUUGACAGGUCGCUCGCUGCGCACCAUGACAAUUUGUUAUCAUAGUUAUCCGAUGGGCCCUGCGCGGUUCACGUUUGCUAGUCGGUGCCAGAACCAUUAAAAUCCCCAGCAGUAAGGACAUAUUUCUUCACGCCGCCCGCGCGCAGUUCAAUAAAGGUGAAGACCACGGCGCGAAGUCUAGUUAGGCGGACGACAUACGACCGAUAACGUUAGCGACCUGACGCACUUGAUGUAAAUAGUGAUACUGAACAGUUUAAAUUCUUAUGCCAGGUUGCGUUUUUCAGCAAAUGCGGUGAGCCUACAACUGGCUGGACGUGACUGCUCUUCCGCUGUUUCGUUUAUCCCUUCUAAGGAGUUCACACCCCCUCUGUUUGCUAUCUCGGAGUUCAAGCUGCCUGCAGAAAGCCCAGUUUUUGUGCAUACCAUGAUGUGAGGUUUGGUUUCGUCGAGUACGUUUUUGACUUCGUUCGAUUGGUUGAGCAGACUUUGUACAGUUGGCUGUCAACUUGAAGAAGUGGACAGUUUUUAAUACCUCGGGGCUAGGCUGCUGCCUAAUGGACAGAGUAAGGACGACAUUGUCUCCCGAAUCGAUGCUGCCCGCUGGGUUUUUUCAAGCCUUCGGAAACGCCUGUGGAACCGACGUGACCUCUCCAUCGCCACUAAGAUUCGCGUGUACCGUGCAUCUGUCCGGUCUGUCCUUCUCUAAGGUUGUGAAUGCUGGGCUUUGCGCGUGGAGGAUGAGCGAAAACUGGAGGUAUUUGACCACCACUGCUGGAGGAUCAUCCUUCGAGUGAAGUUAACCGACUUCGUCUCAAAUGAGAUAGUCCGCGCUCGCUGCGAUAACAUCGCAAGGAUAACUCAGGCCAUCCAAGAAAGACGACUGAGGUGGUUCGGGCAUGUUCUUCGUCGUCCACCUCAGGAGCUCAGUGUUACUGCCCUCGAUCCGGCACCGUUGUCCCAUUGGAGGCGUCGAAGAGGGGGUCAGUUCAAAACCUGUCUCGACACAUUUCGUCAAGACAUGGAGGUGGUUCUUGGACCUUCGGUAUUCGGUCUCCGUCGUUGGCGAAGGGAAUGGAUUGAGCUGUCUAGAUCUGCUGCCGCGGAUCGUCACGCGUGGAGAGGUACAGUUCGGGACAUCAUCGAGGCCGGCUAGAUCAGACAUGAUCGCAGCCGUAUCAAGUACAAGUACAUUGGCCUUUGGUGCUUGCUUUGUCGGAGAAGGAGGAUUCCGCCCUCACUAUGCCGAGUUUUUUUUCACAGGAGUGACUACCUGGUCUGGAUUAUAUAGCCAUCUUUGAUUUUUAAUCCGUUCUCCCCCUGUCUAUUCUAUCCUUUUAUUCCACUCCAGCUUCCUUCAUUUUCAUUCGUUACUUCGGUUUAUAGCUCAUUUGAAAAAAUGAUUCUUUGUACGGAUUUCAUAAAGUCAUUCGCCCUUCUGGGGGAGGUGUUGUCCGGACUUCAUUCCCAAGGGGCCGUGGGGAUGAUCUCAGGUCGCGCAGUGGCUCUGGGUUGCCUAACCGAAAAGCCCUCCACCCUACAAGACGGUACUAGUAUAUUUACGAAGAAAAUCUGGGUUUCCUUCUAUCCGUUCCUCCGGAAUGCGCUCCGUAGUCCUCGAAGGCCUUGACGAGGACCCGACGAAAGCGGUCCGGCGUAGGUAUGUGGGUCUUCGCCGUUCAGUGUUGGAGGCGGGUUUGCGAUGUGCAUAAUUGGCGUGGAUUGAGCGAUCGAGUCAUUGCUGAAGCUGACCUUUCGAGAAUUAUGAAUCCCAAGAAAUUGUUAUACUUUGUUGGGAAUUCCCGCUUGGAUACGAUAGGGAACUAGAUACGUGAUGAGUGUGGAAGUCGCACUCCAAGAAUCGCUAUACUUAUGAGUUAAUAUUUUCGCGGUUUGGAUGGCAGUUCGACCGUCGUGCUCGAUGAUGUCUACCGUGUGCUCUACAGCAAGGUAAAGCAGGCCCGGCGACUUGCGCGCGAAUUCGUUUAAAGUGAGGGUAGACUUGUGCAGCAUCUACCGCACUCUCUCUUCCCCACCUGGGCCGGGCGUCGAGACAGGAUCAAAAAGACCGGUGGUGAGGGAGGGCGCAGGUGUCUGGUACGACUGGGCCCGCACCUAGACGUACCACCACACCCCCUGAUCCACAGCAAACUCAUGAUCAGGACUUUAGCCAUUAACUGCACCACAACGGGUCAGAAGGACGAAUAAGGAUGACUGGGCAGCCAUGCUCACGAUCUCUAUACCCGGCGGGAGCGCAAUUGCAUCUUUCGGCAGGGAAGCAGGUGCCACGGAGCUGCCAGCUCACGCUAGGCUGCAAGGGCCACGGUUUGCUGAUUCUGGUAUAGCUGACGCUUACAAUCACCGCGGUUUGGAUAAUAUAUGAUUAAUUCACAACCUAUUUCAACACGAGUCGUCUUCUUCCACUAAGACAGCGAAUUAAUAGUGAAAAACAGCUAUUUCAGCUGUGCAAAACCCAAGUUCUGGUGCAUUAUGUCGACGAAAUCCUUGUCAGCGGAUAAGAAUAAGGAUGAAUACGGUAGGAAUCUGGACUCUUCUCUCGAUCCGCGACGAGGAAAGAAACGGAGGACCUAUUUUAUUGCAAAAUCUGCUCUUUUACUUCAAACCAGACGGUUAGCUGGCGACAACAGGGUAUAGGAUAUCUGCGAACAUUUUGCAACCACGCACCUAUGAUUCUAAUCCCCCAUUGUAACAAAGCAGAGCUGCGUACACACACCCUACCGGGGAGUGGAAACUGCGCAUAACUUCAGUUACCAAGCAGGAAAAGAUAAAUUACCUUCGAACGCUCUUUACAACCAACAGAUAUGUACCAGGACUUUUUGAAGGGAGCCGAAACGCGGUAAGCAGUCAGCCCGAGUGAUGGUGGAAAAUGCUAUACGUCAAAAGUGUCUCGGAGAUCAUGGCUAAGGCUCAGGUGCCCAUUGAAAUAAGAGUAGUCUGCAGGCCCAACACAAGAGUUUACCGGAAGUUGAUACACUCAACAAAACCCACCCCAAACGCGAAGUCAUCCUUCGUUUAUUGACUCAGGAGUAGCUGCGAAGAAGACAAUUACAUCAGUGAAACCUUUCCAAAACCGCAGAAGGGCGUGAUGGAGCAGUGAAGUCACAAGUGACAACCUACUUAAUCAAGUAGGCACAACUUUGAAACUAGUGCAACUUAAGCCGUGGGCUGAAGUGUCGACCACAGAACAGGAUAGUUACAGGGACCCUAUUUGUCAAAAGACCGCUCAGCCGGUCGUCGUAUAGACCCACCUUUGACCUACGUGGCCCUGCACCGUUACCUUACAAAGGAUCCAAUCAACGGAGAAGCUAUACAUUAUGUGCCUGCCAAUUCUAACCGCAGACAGUGAUAACAGAGGUGACACCGAUCCCGGUCAACGGGAGUCGCAGGACUCACCCAAAACCACCAUUGACUGUCAGGAACGGUGCGACGCGCGAUCCACAGGUCUUUAAAUGCGCGUUAAUAUCCGUUCAGAUCGCAUUGUCAUGCGGAUGGGAGGCGCGUACAAGUGGGAGAGUAACACAGGACCUUUGGAGAGAAAUUGGCUUCUAUUUAAAUGAGAUUGACAGUUUGGGAGGGCACGGGAAUAGGAGCACCCCCUGCAAUACAGGCGACUUUACGCUAAAAUUGAAGGACAUUAGGGCUGGGGUUAGGGUUAAGGUUAGGGUCACGGGAAUUGGUAUCCUUCCAGGAACUUAGCGCAAGACCACCUGUAUUACGCGGGGUUCCUUUUUCCAUGUCUUGUCGACAGUUUUGGGGUUCACCACAAUGAGUGUGUGACCUGCACCACCGUUGCGCAAGAUAAAAAAUGGGACAAAAAUUAGCUCAUGGUAUGUGUCGGCCGGGCAAUACGGAGUCUGUGCAACUCCUGCUAUUGCCAUACAUCAUUGUAGCAUGCUUUGACAAAUGUCUUACUGCGGCCAGUGGACCUAAAGGCCCGGGCAGGCGAUUGAGUCAUGGACGAAGCUGACACCGAGUCAUCCAUUCUCGUGACAGUUCGCCGUAUUCCUCGCUACACUAAAUCUGUUUUGGUCGGGACUAUCACGACGCGCUACAAGUCCUGAUUUGCAAGACUGUCAGCUGAGGGGCUAAAUGGUUUCUAGAAUGGGGGUUAUCAUGCGGUUGCUGCUUAGUGUGACCCUUAUAACAAUUUUCACGUAUUUGAUAUCCGAGCCCGUGUGUGGUUCUCGUUAGACGACCACUUUGUUUCAGUCACCGCGUCCAUUUUUAUCCAACUUCAACUGACAGACUCGUACAGUACACUAGCGCGUGGACUAAGUCCUUAGUUUCCGCGCCGAAGACGACCAAACCCGCUUACAGCCGCGACGUGGAAGAUUACCAUAGAGCAGACUAGCCUGUUUUUCCUUUAAAAUGAUGAUCAGCUUCGGCCGCUUUGUUCUUGCCGCCAUAACCAACACCUUACUUCACGGCCCAAUCUGGGAUACGGAUAUUCGCAGUGACUUAUAUAACCUAUUCUCGUGCAAAGAUUUGAAUGUGCAUCUUUGCUCGAUUUCGUGACCCAUCGAACUCAUUGCAUGAUGUGGGCUAUCAUUUUACACCGUGCACCGUUAUUUGCAUAGAACGACAGACAUGCUUGAUUUAGCAAGUUCGUUAGGUCUGAUGAUCUGCCACUUCCUCUGUUUCUAAGCCACACAAGCAUGUUUUAUUUACCGAAAUGCUGUUAACAGCAAACAAUAACUUUUCCCUCUGCCAGGACGACUUCGCUAUCUCAGUCCUAACCGUCAGGGAGAAUCUCAACUUCUCCGCCGCUCUUAGGCUACCCGCGUGGACCACGAAACGUGACCGUGAGGAUCGAGUUGAAUCGCUGCUCAAGAAACUUGGCCUUACAAGUGUGGCGGACUCGAAGGUUCGUCAGUCCUGCCAAUUGUUAUCCUUGCUUUUCUCCAUGUCCUGUAGUCCUCAUCAUCUUUUUGCCUCUUCCCUCCCUCAUACUUUUGCUCGCUCCCCGCCCUCCGCCUUCCUACUUACACGAUCUCGCCCUCCUGUUUCCCAUUUUUCUCUACUUGCAGGUUGGCGACGAGUCCACGCGUGGCAUUUCAGGUGGCGAGCGAAAGCGCACAAACAUUGGGAUAGAGUUGAUCACAGAACCGUGCGUAAUCUUCCUUGACGAACCAACCACUGGCUUGGACGCUCACACAGCCAUGGUUGUUAUGCAAGUAUUGAAACGGUAUGUCCCCAUAUAGAUUCUACUCCGGCAUUUGACAGACUUCUUUCUUUUGGGUGAGACCAUAACGAUCGCUUAGUUGAGAGGAUAAAAGUCAUUUUUUUCUGACAAUAAACGCAAUCGUAGCUGCCAAGUCAUGAUAUCUGUGAGUGGUGACGAUUACGACAAAGCAGCCCACUGCUAGAGUAGUAAGCCUUUAAAUCGCAUGAAACAUUCAGAUAGCGUUUUUUGUUUGAGCCACGUUGACUUGGGUAAGGAAAUAGUUGCUGCAUAUCUACAAACAAGUUUAGAUCUAGUACGAAUUAUUUCAAUCCCAUCUGUCAAAAAACAGAGCUUCCAAACUUAUCCGACAUGUCCCCGACAAUGUUCUGAAACUACCUUUGAGCACUUGCGCAGGCUGCUCAGACGCAGAAGCAGCUCUUGAGUUUUCAGAGUUUGGCCUUUGACCCCAGGCUCUUGACAGGGUAUAAACAACAUUUUUAAUUUGUGAAUUUAAGAUAAGUGCUGCGACAGUCAACUUGUUAAUUUGGGCCAUCUUCACCGACGAUGCUAUGGUGGACUGGAAGACACUAACAGAUGGUUGUAUAGAUCGUCCGAGAAGGAGAGGAAAUGCACUGUACUGGUGAAUUUCAUGGCUUCCGUGUCCCCUUGACCUGGCAUUUUUGGAAACAGCCAGGACCAAAAUGCCCUGAGCGUUGGACGCCAACGGUUGACGAGCUGUCGCAAAUGUUCUUAGAAGGGCACUUCGUCUCCUUGCUGACAACAUGUCUAGGGCUGAAAAGUACACGUCAUAAAUUAUAAAACAUAGGUAGAAAUGCCUUAAGUACAACAGAUUAAGUAAAUUGGAUUGCAGAAUUGAAAGGCGUACAGCGUAAUGCUGCGUUACUCCUGACACCGUGACGGUCUUAAUGGGAAACCCUCCUGCGAAGUAGCAGUCACUUGCGCGGUUUAUUCCGCAAUUGCUUUACCCUGCUUAUAAGGUCGUUAAUUUUUGCUAGCGAGGAUUGCCAGCAAUUUCGGUCCUAAUGGUUCCUUGUAGGAAAUCACAUAAUCUAAUCACGUUCUUACACAUAUUAAAUAUUUCGACAUUAAGAAAUUCAGUAAUUCAUGUAUCUUUUGAAAUAACCGAAGUUCGUAGGUUCUUUCGGUUUACCGUCUAUUUACUAUUCACUUUUCUGGGGGAGUUUUUCAUUCCGUUUUAUAAUGUUUUCGUGAGAUGUCCUGACAUAAACAAAAUUUUGGGAUGUGUGUGA